AUGCCUUCACGAACAGAGACUGGCCGUACAUUGGCUAAGUAUCUUGGCAUUAAGUUGGACUCACAGCCUGGCGAUGUCACGAGGGGAGAGUCUGUCUUCUCCAACCAUACCGCCGAUUCCUUCGUUGAAGAAGAGCCAACUACUGCAGAGUGGUUCCAAGAAGUCAUUCCAACUGGCCACGAUGUUGUCAAUUACUUGAGGUCGCUUUUCCCGUUUCUCUCAUGGAUCGGCUUUUACAACCUGCAGUGGCUCAUCGGUGAUCUGGUUGCAGGUAUCACAAUCGGUGCUGUUGUUGUUCCUCAAGGAAUGGCAUACGCUAAGCUUGCGCAACUGCCAGUCCAAUAUGGUCUCUACUCCUCGUUUAUGGGUGUUCUGAUCUACUGGUUCUUCGCAACGUCUAAAGACAUCACCAUCGGUCCUGUGGCUGUAAUGUCCACUGUCACAGGAAACGUGGUUACCAGCGCCAUCGCGAUCCUUCCGGAAUACAAAGACCACCCUGAGGUCAUUGCCAGCGCUUUGGCGAUCAUUACAGGUGCAAUCGUUUUCUUCAUCGGAAUCAUACGCUUCGGACGCAUUGUCGAACUCAUCCCGCUCGUUUCGUUGGCUGCCUUCAUGACUGGUUCCGCUAUUAAUAUCGCUGCUGGCCAAGUGCCGACCAUGUUAGGAGAGACAUUUGCCAAGCCGUACACGACCAGAGACGCAACCUAUAUGGUCAUCAUCAACACCUUCAAGUUCCUGCCAACUGCGAAGCUCGACGCCGCGAUGGGGCUUACGGCCCUGUUCAUGCUUUACCUGAUUCGUUGGUCUUGUAGUACGGCCGCAAAGAGGUACCCUCAGAAGCAGAAGUUGUUUUUCUUCCUUGCAACUCUGCGAACUGCAUUCGUCAUCCUCCUGUACACCAUGAUCAGUUGGCUUGCCAACAUGAACAGCCGCAGCAAUCCCAAAUUUAACAUCUUGGGAACCGUGCCCCGAGGCUUCACUCAUGCUUCAGUGCCUAUCAUCAACACCCAGAUCAUCAACUCAUUCGUUAGCGAUUUGCCCGCCUCUGUUAUCGUGCUUUUGAUCGAGCAUAUCGCCAUCUCCAAGUCGUUUGGCCGAGUUAACAACUACAUCAUCAACCCAUCACAAGAGAUGGUCGCCAUCGGUGUUACCAACCUCCUUGCUCCUUUUUUGGGCGGUUAUCCAUCAACUGGAUCUUUCAGUCGAACCGCUAUCAAGUCGAAGGCUGGUGUGAGAACUCCAUUGGCUGGUGUUAUCACAGCUAUCGUCGUCUUGCUGGCAAUCUACGCUCUUCCGGCAGUGUUCUUUUACAUCCCAAACUCAUCCCUGUCUGCCGUUAUCAUUCACGCCGUGGGUGAUCUCAUCACGCCACCUCAGACUCUUUACAAGUUCUGGCGCGUUUCACCUCUAGAGGUUCUGAUCUGGGCUAUUGGUGUUUUGGUCACGAUUUUCACGACCAUUGAGAUUGGUAUCUACUGUACCAUUGCCAUCUCUUUUGCCGUCUACAUCGUGAGGCUUCUGAUCGAUCAUGGUCGCUUCCUCGGCCGUGUCCAAGUUCAUUCGGUUCUAGGCGACCAUGUUAUCGGAGGUAACAACAACUUGGUUGGCGAGUAUGGUACAUUCGAUGGUGCCUCGGAUUCUCCAGCCACGAGAAACAUUUUCUUACCCAUCUCACACGAUGACGGCUCAAACCCUCAAGUGGACAUCGCGAGCCCUUAUCCAGGCGUUUUCAUUUAUCGCUUCUCGGAAGGCUUCAACUACCCGAACGCUGGUAGCACCCUUGAAUACAUGACUCACCACAUCUUCGACAAUACGCGUCGCACCAAGCUAGACUCUUAUCCACGAAAGGGUGACCGUCCUUGGAACGACCCUGGUCCCAAGAAGGGUGAACGCGUUAAUACGCAUCUUCCAGAGCUGAAGGCUAUCAUUCUUGAUUUCAGCUCCGUCAACGCUGUUGACGUUACCUCUGUGCAACAACUUAUCGAUGUUCGAAAUCAGUUAGAUCGUUAUACGACUCCAGAUGUCGUCGACUGGCACUUUGCUCAUGUCAACAACCGCUGGACCAAGCGUGCCCUUGUCUCUGCUGGCUUUGGCUUUCCAUCGGAGCGCGCUGAUGGCCUACAGAGCCGCUGGCAACCCAUCUUCAGCGUUGCCGAGAUCGGCGGUGCUUCAUCCGCGGCGGCUGUUGCUGAACAUGAUGCCAACGAGAAGGAAGUUAGCUUCCAGCAGACUCGUGCUAGCAGCUCGGACGCACAGCAUGCCGGCGACCCAGAUUUGAUCGAGCGCGGUAUCGGCGAGAGUAGCUCCAGCGGCAGCAUUGACAAGGGUAACACUACGCAAGCCAAGAGGAGAGUCGCUGUCCAUGGCCUUAACAGGCCAUUGUUCCACAUUGACCUCACUAGUGCAUUGCAAAGCGCUGUUGCUAAUAUCGAGGCACGGGUGAAGCAUGCAGAUGGUACUGUCAGCAACCCUGGCGCGGAGGCAACUAUUUGA